AUGCUUUUUCGGGUGACAUGUUUGUUGGUGCUAGUAGCGGCAUCUAUGUGCCGGCCGUAUGAUCCCGAAGACGGAGAGUUGAAGGAUGUGCUGCCAUCUAACGGUCAGUUCGAGGCGUUCUAUCCGAGACAGGCGCAUGGGAUCCCUAACGGGUCGUCGCGACCUGCGCAUGCGCAUGGCAGUUUCUUUAAACAUCGCAACCCGGCGCUGGUGGAUGUAAAAAAUGCUGCAGCGUACGGCUUCCGAUUCGAUGGUAUGAGGCGCUUCAAUUUUGAUGACGACGAAGAA